CCUGAGUUUAAGAUAGAAGAGUGGAGAUGAAAGUUAUUUUUGUGUUGGCUUUCUUAUCAACUGCUUAUGCAGUUCGAAGAAGAUGUUCCCAAAUUUGUACAAAAGAAUAUAACCCUAUGUGUGGUACUGAUGGAGUAACUUAUGGUAACCCAUGCAUGUUACGUUACAAAACAUGCAAAACAAAUGGAGCUGUGAGACUUGCUCAUAAAGGAAGAUGCAGACCGAAAUGUUCACCAAUUUGUACUCUUGAAUAUAAUCCCAUGUGUGGUACUGAUGGCGUGACCUAUGGUAACCCUUGCUCACUACGAUACAAGACUUGCAAAACAAAUGGUGCUGUGAGGCUUGCUCAUAGAGGAAGAUGCAGGCCAAAAUGUUCCAAAGCUUGCACGAGAGAAUAUAACCCUAUGUGUGGUACUGAUGGAGUAACUUAUUCCAAUCCCUGCUUGUUGCGUUACAAAACAUGCAAAACAAAUGGUGCUGUGAAGCUUGCGCAUAAAGGAAGAUGCAAACCAAAAUGUCCACAAGCUUGUCCUUUUAAUUUUGAUCCAGUUUGUGGUACCGAUGGUGUGACUUACAGUAACGCAUGCGCAUUAGGUGUUAAGAGUUGCGAAACAAAUGGUGCUGUCAAGUUAAGACACAAGGGAGCAUGCAAAAAACACUGAUGUUAAGAAGACUGCUUGUUUGCAAUUGUUAUCUUGUAUCUCAAAAAAUUAAUCUUGGAUAA